AUGAGCGCGACGAGCGGGGUAGUGCUCCUUAGUGCCGCCGAGCAGCGCCGGUUGCAGCGCGAUAAUGCACAACUUCAGCACUCGAAAAACGUCCUCAAGCGGGAUAUGAAGUCGAUGAAGGAAGAACACGAGGCCUUCGUACGGAGACUCAUUCGCAUCGGACGUGAAGAACAUCAUGCAGUGAUGGUGCAGGCAGAGAGUGAUGUCGCGCGGAUCACGGAUGAGCAUGAGGAGCUAGUGGAACAGCUGAGAGCGGAACUUCGAGAGGAGCGGAUGGCUCGGGAGCGUCAGCAACGCGAGAAUGAACGCCUGCGUGCGACCGAAGAGCGGAUGAAAAAAGAAUUGAACCAGCUCAAAUCAUCCAAAGCUACUCGCCGCAGCGGCACCGCUGCCUCUUGA